AAACGACUGGCUUCGGCAAAACUCGUCUUCUGUCGUGAAUUGAGACUCGGUCAAGGAUGGAGGAAGCGGCACGCAAGCUUCUCGAAGAAGGAAUAAUAAAAAAACUGAUCAGUCCUGGUAAAGGAGAGCUGUCGACCUUUCCCAAUGGAACCAAGGUGGUUUUCCACUACCGCACCAGCCUAUGUGAUGGCAAAGUGCUGGAUGACUCCAGGACCAUGGGGGGCCGCAGCAAACCCAUGGAGCUCAUCUUGGGCAAGAAGUUUAAACUAGCUGUCUGGGAGAGAGUGAUCAUCACCAUGAGACAAGGCGAAAUUUCAGAAUUUACCUGUGACACUAAGCACACAGCACUGUACCCGCUUGUGUCCCAGUCCCUGAGAAACAUCAGUGCUGGUAAGGACCCCCUGGAAGGCCAGAGGCACUGCUGCGGCAUAGCCCAGAUCCACUCCCACCACUCUCUAGGGCACAAGGACCUGGAUGAGCUUCAGGCCAGACCACAGCCUCUUGUCUUCAGCAUCGAGCUGCUGGAGGUUCUGACUCCAGGAUCGUUCCAGCUUGAUGUGUGGGCUAUGACAGACGAAGAGAAACUAGAGUUUGUGCCUCAGAUCCACGAGGAGGGCAACAUGCUGUUCAAACAGGGUCGAAUUAAGGAAGCCACAGAGAAGUACUACAAUGGCAUUGCCUGCCUGAAAAAUCUACAAAUGAAGGAGCAUCCUGGAGAUGAAGCAUGGGUAAAGCUCGACCAAAUGAUCACACCGCUGCUCCUCAACUACUGCCAGUGCCUGCUACGCCAGGGCCAGUACUACGAAGUCAUCGAACACUGCACAUCACUGGUCUUCAAAUAUGAGGACAAUGUGAAGGCCUUCUACAAGCGGGCCAAGGCCCACGCUGCAGUGUGGAAUGAGGCAGAGGCGCGGGCAGACUUUGCUAAGGUGUUGGAGCUGGACCCCUCUCUGGAGCAGUCAAUUGCAAAGGAGCUGAGGGCCAUGGAGGAGAGGAUCCGCAACAAAGACAAGGAGGAAAAGAAUCGCUACAAAGGCCUUUUCAACACACCACCAGCCACUGCUACUACGGGUUGAAUCUCACGAGAUUGGGUUGGAACUGGUAGGGGACGCCUGUGAAUUUCAAGAUGGAGGAGAAACCGUAGACACUGAUGGUGUUUCAGUUUUAAUCCGUGCACCCAAACCAAACACUCUGCCCUUCAUGGUACACACAGAAACAUUCUCACAUGCUUGUCAGGUCAAAUACACACCAAGGUGUGUUUUUAUUUUUAUUUUAUUUCCUGCCUUGUUCCUUUAAACUCCCUCUCUCUAAAUGUAAUUUCUUUGAUUUAGAACGUGCUGACAUUUUGAGCUCAACUUGAAUGAAAGUCCAAGAUCCCAUAGAAACCAUGUCGUGGUCUCUGAAUUCCAUUUUCUUACUUGCUGUUGUGGUUUCAUAAAUAACUUCCACGCAGUAAUGGGCUGCGGAUUUAAUGAUGAAUUUAUCUGCUGUUAGGGGGGAAAGCCAUUACAUUGCAGUUUAUAUAGCAAACACCAUUAAUCACAGUAUUAGAAACAAAUAGCUUAAGCAUUUUAUGUUGUCUUGCUUUCUCUGAAAUAUGAGCAGAGCUGUUGAGAAAUCCUAAAAUUACUUGUAAUCGUAGCCCAACAAGGAGGAAUUUCAAAGGAUUCCUGACAGAAGUGUUCUCCAUUCAGAAAAGCUUUUUUUGUUGUUGUUGCACAAGGCACUUGUCCCGCCAUACCCCCUUUUUAUCUUGGUCACACCAGAAGCACUGGAAUAAGCAGGAGACAGUUAUCUCCAGGUAGAUGCGACUGGGAAACUGACCAGUGUGUGACAAUGUAACACACAGACUUGUGUUAUCUUUGCUUCCUCUUAUUUACUUAUUUCAUUAUGUAAGAAAAUACUACCAUUAUGUUGUUUUUGUCCACACGCAUCGCUCAGUAUCUCCUUCACUUACUUAGAAAGAGCUACUUGUUACUCUUCAUUGUGAAGCAGCAGGUCGGUAGCCAACCUGUCUGAAUUGAGAUGAUAUUGAGGUUGUGAUUAUGUAACUGAAAAUAAAUGUGUUUUUGCCCAG